UUUUAGGUACAAAAAAUCGAGCCAGAUCCGUAAGAUUUUGCUGGGUGGCAGCAUAUCAUAAUAUAAUGUGAAAAAAAUUAGAAGGAAGCAAAAAUAGCACAUUAAUUAAGCAUUUGUAAUACAUAAUAAUGGCCGAAUUGGUGAAAGACUGGCUGACGGACUAUCAGCGCGCUCGCCGUCAGUCAGCGGACUCCGAUGCCUAUGUCGUGGAGCACGAAACGGAUCCCGAAAUCGCCGAGGCCAUCUUCACCAUAUUCAACGAACGGCAACGCAACGAGGAACUCAUACACGAUAUCUGCCAACAGCUAUUGGCCUUCUAUCGAGCACCUGAGGUGACGCUGCACAAGUUCCCAUUGCAGUUCCUACCCGUCCUCAUCUAUACGUACCUCCAUGCGGUGGCAGCGGGCGACAAAAAGGCAUCCCGUGGCGUGGAAACGCUGCUCAUCUGCAUUUACAAUGGGGAGGUGUCCACCGAUGAUGGUGGCCAGAAGGUGGUUGCCUUCCGUAUGCCCAUACUGGCACAGGCAUCCGUGUACCAUGAGGUCAGGAAUCUGCCCAUGACGGAUCUGCGACGCUGGGAGGAGAACUGCAAUAGGGAGGUGAAGUGGGGACCACAUCUGCGCAUUGAGUCGAUGAAUGCCCAGAAUCGCAUGCGGAUCAUGACAGCGCUGCUCUUCUGCUACAAUCAGCACGUGAGCCUCACCCAAAAGUCCUCCUUGCUGCAUCUGUGCCGAGUGACGUCACAGCUGGUCAAUCAGGGAUUCACUACCAAGUCGGGACAUGGUCAUCGCAUGAGUUAUGGGUCGGAUCCAGCGACAGGUGCUACCUUUCCCAAGCCUUCGGCACCGCGGAUUCCACUCUCCGCCUCCUUUCUAAUCGAACUGGUGCAUGCCAUUUAUUAUGCCAUGUUCAAUGGCUAUGGCACAAUUGCCAUACAGACACUGGAGGACAUACACAAUCGUGCCAGCUAUGAAAUGUAUACGGAAUUGAUUCUGGUCACAAGCGCCGUGCGCAAUUCGCUGCAUGCGAAUCCUUCCGGGCAGCCCAAUGAUGGUCCAAUGGGUUUGAGUGUCGCCUUGACUCCGGCUACAAAUACGGUGACGACUGCUGUGUCCAAGUCGAUGAUCACAAAUGCAUCAUUCCGCACGAAAAAGCUGCCCGAUGAUAUACCAAUACAAGUACAGGAUCUCACAAUGCCACAGGCGCCUCAGCAGCAUCUGGCCAGUGUUACGGAGGAAACGGAACCGACCGUUAAGGAAUCGCCGUCGACUAAGGAAAGCAGCGGCACAAGAACCUCCAUUAUAAGACCCAGCAUGGAGGGUAUCAAGGCACAGGCGCACAAAGCGCUCAUUGCCGGCUUCAAGAAGUCCAAGGAUAAGGAGAAGGAGAAAGAGAAGGAACCGCCAAAACCACCGCAACGUAAAUUCGACAAGCAUACGCAGCGCAACUCGUUACUCCAGCUGCAGACCCAAACCACGGACGACUACGAGAAGAGUCCGCUGACGGUGAGCAAGUCCAAGACAUAUGAUGCCGUUGCGGAUCCACAAACCACCGAGAUGUUGCCGCUGCAAUCGCUGUCGCUGAUCAAUGAGAAUGGCAGCAAUAGCUUUAGCAUUGAUAGCGACAUGAAUGAUGGCAUUGGCAUUGGCAUUGGCGUCCUGGCUGGCCAAAUCAGCGCUGUUCCCACGAGCACAAUGACCUCGAUGAACAGCCAGACCACCACAUCCAUCACGAGCAGUGAUUUGCUGACCAAAAGCUUUGACUCCAGUGUGGAAAUGACGCCGAUGGGUCACAGCAACAGCAAUGGCAACAAACUGGCCGAACAUGGUCUGGAUUAGUCAGCGUACCCAUUCCGUGUUCAAUAACAAACCAAUUAGCCAAAUACAAGUAUAUUAAAUUAUAUCAUUAUUACGACUAUUAACUGACGAACAACAACCAAACCAGAUCCAGACCCAGGCUAUGUUGGCGCGUUUUUUGAACUGAAAAAUAUGUAAAUGUAUCGCAGUAAUACUUAAAAAAUUUGAAUUUGUUAAAGUUUAUUAACACUCUUAGUUGUUCGUAUGUGUACGUAUGUAUUAUUGUAUUGUAUUCUAAUUGUUGGUAACAUGUACAUUACUAAUUAUGUAAUUAUCGUCUAGUUUUAAGCGUUCAAAGUCUUAUAUAUACACACCCAACACAGACACAACAUACACUCAUACAUAAAUAUACA